AUGCGAACUUGCGGUGCUUCUCAGUAUGUUUGUUGUUCGCUGAUUGUUUAUAAAGCAACAGAGCAUCCAAUUGACGAAGAUGGCUCAAUCAUCAUUAAUUGCAUUCUUCGGAUUGAAGAAUGCUUCAUUAUGGAUGGACAAGAUGAAAAAUUUAACAAUGCGAGUUAUUUUGGGAGUUUGGGUCCUUCCUUACUUGUGAGAGGCUUUGGCCGUCCAGCAUUUGAAGCAGAAAUGGAGUGGGUUCUUAACACAGUAGCAAACGAAGACUGGAUCGAACAAAGCAAAAACUUGUAA